AUGCCUAAUAUUCAAUACGUACAGUCAACCGAUCUGGAACGAACUGUUCCAUCUUUAUCAAAUGUUUUCCAAGAUGAAGACACUGUGGCAUCUGAAACAAAACAAGCCGCUUCAAGUGUAGAAGUUAGUUCUCCGGUAAUUAAACAUAUUUUAGAUUCUAAGUUUGAUAUAGGAGCUUAUGUUGAGUUGAAACAAAAUUUAAGUGACGAAGAAAAGGUUUCUAUUUUACAAAACGUAUGGACCCCUGAUUACGCUCAAGGUAUUGCUAUAAAGUUAAAUGUUGAACCAAAAAUACCUCGAACAUGCAGCAAUCAAAAAAAUAGAAGCAAUGUCCCGUUUAAUAAUAUUGAAGAUUUUUACAAAAAAACUAUUUUUAUACCGUAUUUGGACGAUAUAAUAAUGGCAUUAAAUGAAAGAUUUUUACCUCAUAAUGAAACUAUAAUUUCAUUACAAUUUGUCUUACCUCGUAUCAUAGUUGAAAAACCAUUUUUUAAUUUAAAAAAAGCUGUCGAAUUUUAUAAAAGUGAUUUACCUGGGCUAAACGACAUUAUAGAAGCAGAGUAUGAAAUUUGGCAGGCUAAAUGGAAAAAUAUUGAAGAAAACUUAAGACCUGCAACUGCUAUAGAAGCUCUAAGAGCCUGUGAUCGUUUAAUGUACCCUAACAUAUUUGAAUUACUAAAAAUACUAGCUAUAAUUCCAGUAUCCACCGCUACGGCUGAACGCAGCUUUUCUACUCUUAGAAGACUUAAAACAUAUUUAAGAAAUACAACUUCUGAGUCCAGGCUAGUAGGACUAGCACUUUUAUCCAUUCACCGAGACAUUGAUGUAAAUGAUGAUAUGGUAUUAGACAAAUUUGCCAACAGUGGUAAAGCGAGAAAUUUGAAUUUAAUAUAA